GGAUUGCAAAGUAGUGAAAGUGAAAUAGUAGGAAGUUAUUUUUUUUCCAAGUUCUUAGGAAGACUUAUUUUUGCAACUGUGAGUGUAUAAAAGGUGAAGCUCAUGGCAUCCCAGAGUCAGACAGCAAAACUCACAGAGAAGAGAAAUCCUUCAGUCUGAAGAGGAGAAACCAGUUUCACUCAUUUCUACCAUCUGAGACAAACAUGAAGUCAGCUGUCCAGCUCAUCGUUCUCCUGGCCUGCGUCUUCCUCUGCACAUCAGGAAAUCCUAUUACGAAAUGCCGUUGUAUAGAGACGAUCCCAAUAGUAAGGCGCGCUCUCAUCGCUGAUGUAAAGGUGUAUGAACCGUAUCCAUUGUGCAGCAAGCGUGAAGUGAUAGCCAACAUGACAGAUAACAAACAGCGCUGUCUUGUCCCGGAGUCAAAUUUCACCAAAAGACUCCUGCGAGAUCUAAAAAUAACAACAAAAACAACAACAAAAACAACAACAACAACAACAACAACUGCAGCCACAACAAAAUCAGCAGCAACAUCAUCUUCUGUCACCAGGCAGUGACAUUAACGCUGCUAUUCAUUCUGUUUGUGUUGGUGUGAUUUUAUUUAAGUCUACAAACAUUUGCACCAGCAGCUAAAACUAAAAUAUUUAUUUCAGGCAACAACAGUCUUGUUAAUCAGCAAACGGUGACUUUCCAAAAUAUCUGUCAGUUUGUAUUUUAAUGUUUAAUCAGUGGAAGCUAAUGCUGUGUACCAGAAAAGCUUUGCCUCAUUCCCUUUGAGAAGAUGUAGACUUUUUUUUCAUAAUUUUGUUUAAUUCAAAUACGUGUGUGUCUUUUUGUCUUUUAUUGCACUGUACAUAAAAUCCACUUGCUGUUGAUGGUUAAAUUACAAUAAAUACAAACCCAAAUAAACACUUCUGCAUUCU